CUACAUCCGGGACUUCCGGUAGUUUCACAUGUCAGUUGUUUCAGCUGUUUGGACUUCUGAAUGUAAAGGGACUACAAGAACUUCUGAGGUGGUUGUAAGCUUUCGGAGAAGAAAUGGCGCUGAUGGGGAUUCAGUUGGUGGUCAGCUUGUUGGCCGCAAGCAUCAUGCAGAAGAUGGCCCCACACUGCUCAUUUGCACGAUGGCUUCUCUGCAAUGGCAGUCUGUUUCGGUUCAAACACCCGUCAGAGGGAGAGCUGUGUGCACUGGCAGGGAAACAGAUGCCUAAACAGAACAGGAGAGACAGGAGACAGAAUGGGGAAAACAAGCCACUCACUGUGCCCAAAGAUAUCGACCUUCACCUGGAGAAAGCUCCAGUCAAUGUCAUUGACGCUCUAGUGCUGCGCUUUUUUCUGGAGUACCAGUGGCUGAUCGACUUUGCUGUUUAUGCAGCUGGUGUCUUCAUGUUCACAGAGUGUUACUACAGUGUGGUAGAUGCAAGCAAAGAGGUCAAUAUUGGUGCUAUCUGGUGUGUUCUGACUGUUCUCUUCGGUCUAAAGACCCUGCACACAUUAAUGAGCCACUAUUUCCGUUCUGAAGAAGGCGGUGAGCGCUCGGUCUGCCUUGCCUUUGGUUUUCUGUCUCUGCUGGUUGCCAUGCUGGUCCUGGUGGUCAGAGAAGAUUACCUAGAGUUUGGCCUGGAAUCUGGCUUUUCCAACCUUUUUGACAACUUGGAAGUCUUUGCCAGACAGCAGGGCUACGCUGACUGGUCAAUUCCAGUGACCAAGCUGACAGUGAAGCUUGGUCUGGCUGCUGUCUGUGCUUACAUCGGUGCUCUUCUGGCCUUCCCUGGACUUCGACUGGCUCAGACUCAUCUCGAUGCUAUACAGAUGAACUCAGAGCGCCCACUCAUCCAGAUUCUGCUGCAUAUGAGUUUUUUGUCUCCAAUUGUUGUGUUGAUUCUGUGGGUGAAACCAAUUGCAAGGGACUUUCUGGCCAAUGCGCCUUUAGGAAAGACCUCUGUCACAUUAGUGUCCAGUGCAACUUUUGACAGUAUGCGUCUGUGGAUAAUCGUGAGUCUGUGUGUGCUGCGACUGGCCCUGGUCCGUUAUCACCUGCAGGCCUACCUGAAUCUGGCUCAGAAGUGGGUGGAGCAAAUGAAGAAGGAGGCGGGACGUAUAGCUGCAAUUGACAUUCAAAGGAAGGUCACACGUGUGUUUUGCUACCUGACUGUGGUGACUCUGCAGUAUCUGGUUCCUGUUCUGCUCAUCCUCUUCUCCACAUUGGCACUCAAGGCAUUAGGAGACUUCAGCUGGUGUAUGGGUGCAGAGGAGACCCCAGGGGUGACCCCGGCGCUGGUCAUGCCCACUGCAGCUCCUGUGAUGCCCGGUGGCGUUGAUGAAGAUGAAGAAGGCAUAGAGGACAUGGAGGAGGACAUCCAGGCCACCGUAGCCCACCUGUCAGAAACCUUCACAGCGCUGCGCUCCGUCCUCACCCCGCUGUUCUUCCGAGGCUUCUUUGCUUUCCUCACUUGGUGGGUGGCCGCCUGCCAAGUGAUCAGCUCCCUGUUCGGAGUCUACUUCCACCAGUACCUAAUGCAGAACUAACAGGAGCAAACGGAGGGCCAUACAGUUAAACCUGCAAUGCAGACUCAGCCCAGUUAUUGUUAUGCUGCUCCACAAGAUGCCUGCAUACAACAGAGAGACUCUUUCACAAACACACAGACACAAGCUUUGAUCAAGACUCAUUGAGAAGGGACUGACUAUUGCUGCAGUAUUAUGUUAUGUUAAUGACCAGCGGGCCACUGGUGUCAAUAACACAAUACACACAGAGGACGGGUCAUCCUUGAACUACUGCAAAAGACCACUUUUCCUACAAGUUUUCAACAGCGUCUGUGCCAGUGUUACCUGAGAUGUUCUGCCCAGAACAUGAUUAAAUGCUGCAUACACUUUGAAGAUAUUUAAUUGUUCCCAGGGGAAAAGUAUUAGCACUUUAUCCCUGUGUAGAUAAGACGUUAUAUUUUUGUGAGGGACUCAGUGUCCCUCUUAAGGAACCGAUUCAAGAGUGCUAAGUGUUUGCUUGUUUAUUUUUUUUCUUUUUAAUCUUUUUUCUUCUGUAAGGUUUCGAUUGUAUAGGAGUACAUUAGUAAAGCUCUGGCAGUCGGGUAAGAACACCACGAACUGAAGAGCAUUUUUUUAAUUAUCUGAAAAAAAAAAUUCCUUCAGAAUUUCUAAGUGCCUGGGAGCUCAGGGAUUUUAUUAAAAUUUAAAGUCUCCUUCCUCCCUGUUUAUUGGACUCAGAAUAGUGGAGAACGAUCCCAUUCUGUUUGGUUAAAAAGUGAGCACUCCAAACAUGUUUCUGUAUUUGCCAACACUAUUAAUAAUGGGCUCAAUGUUUAGUUCUUUAGUUUUUCUAAUUUCAGUCAGCUGUGUAUAUGUCAGAUCAAUCAAAACCUACUUUUAAUCACUUCCUCACCAGUGUACUUUAUUAAUUUAUUUAAGAUAACUGUCUUCUGUAUGUGAUGUACAAAUAGUUGUGUGCAUUCUUAUAGCAGAGUCAUGUUUGUUGUUUUUUUAAACUGAAUGCGCUGAAGUCAUUAUACUGUGAAUUUCACAUUAAAAUGUUUUUUCCUCUAAGUUUUUUUUUUUUUUUUAAUGCAUGGUGUGCAAACUUUUGGCUGUAACUUGAAUUUAUUGUUUGUGUGGCUUGAUUAAAAAAACAUUUAUCAUUUUCAA